UUGACUGUUGCACUGAGCAUCUACAACCUGUGAAGGAGUGCUGCAGCAUGGGACUCAGCUGUUUCAAGUCCUGGAAAAAUGACAGUACAGGCCACAAAGGAAACAGAGAUGUGUUGGCCAGUCCGGGCUCGUAUUUCUUCCUGUCCAACAGCGCCGGUCAGGGUGAUGAGUGGUUGAAGAGCCUCAACAAGGGGGUGUGGAUUCCUUUUACAGGGGUGUUUGGGCAGAGCUUGGAGGAGACGGUGCUGUAUGAGCGGCGUUAUGGGAUGCGUUUGGUUCCUCUGGUGGUUGAGCAGUGCGUGACCUUCAUCCGGGAGCGCGGCCUGCAUGAAGUGGGCUUGUUUCGUCAGCCUGGACAGGCCAGUCUGGUGAAGGAGCUGCAGGAGGCUUUCGAUUCAGGCGAGAGACCGUCCUUCGACAGUAGCACAGAUAUCCACACGGUGGCUUCCCUGCUGAAGCUCUACCUCAGACAGCUGCCUGAGCCUUUGGUGCCUUACAGCUGCUACCAGGACUUCCUGCUGUGUGGACAGAGGCUGAGGAGUGACCGCGCACGGGGUUUGGAGGAGUUGAGGAUUCUCCUGCAUGAGUUGCCAGUCGCAAACUUCAACCUACUCAACUUUAUUUGCCAGUUUCUGAAUGAAGUGCAGAGUUAUUCUGGGAGCAACAAAAUGAGCGACCAAAACCUGGCCACUGUGUUUGGGCCAAACAUCCUCCGAGCAAAGGCACAGGACCCGCAAAGCAUCAUGGGAGGUGCAGCGCUCGUCCAUGUGCUGAUGCUGGAGUUGAUUCGAGGUCACGAGUCUCUGUUUGCCAAAGUCUCUCCGCCCGCCUCCGACCGCCCCCCUGGAGGUCGUCGCGCGUCGCCGAGCGCUCUGCGACAGCCUCACCUUCACUCGUCACCCUGCCUUCGCCAACUGUCCAUGCCGCUCAUCGCAGAGCGCUCCCGAGAUCCGGGACAGUCUGCUUCUGAUGCGCGGACCGACAGCUGCGCCUACUCUUCUGCAGCCAACUCUGACUCGUCCUGGGCCCAGAAGAGACUCCUCGGCCACCGCUACACCUCGUCCCACCCAGAGAACUGCUUCUACCCCCUGCCUUCCUUAAAUCAGUCCCCUCAGAACCACGGUGACAGACUGGAUUAUCACCAGGGUCGUGCUGGUGAAGGAUCAUCUUCUUCACAUGUCCAAGCGUCUUCAUCUAGCCUCCAGCUGCAAGACAGCUCCACGUCCAGACUGACGGUCACAGGCUGGACAAAGGUGUGGCCGGGGCCGGCGGAGGCCGACGCUGGUUUCUGGACUUCUGCUGCGGCAGAGGAAGAAGGUGCAGAACCAGAACCAGCGAGUGGGGGCAGCAGUGAUGCUCAGGAGGACAGCGCCACUUCUGCUUAUGACAACCUGGACGGAGCGCCUUCACGUCAGAGGGCGGAGGAUGACGAUAAGGAAGACGAUGAAGACAAUGAUUCAGUCGGCCACGUUGGAAGUGGUGAGGAAGAAGCAGAGUUAGGGGAAGCCGGGAAGACAAGAGACUCCUCUUCUUCGUGGUCUUCCUGUGAGGGUCUACCACUGGACGAGUGCAUUGACGUUGUGGAGCCAGUUGGUUCACCACAAAAACCUGAAAGGUUAGCCUCAAGUCGGGAAGAGGAAGAGGAAAACAAGGGCAAUCACGAACACAUCAUCACUGAUGAUGAUGAUGAUGAUGACAGCAUCCAUCAUCCCAACUCUCCAGCCUCUGUAAUCUGUGACAGCCCUCUGAGUACGGGAAGUUCAGAGGUGUUCCUCCCCUCCGGUCCCGCAGACCUCCAUGGACCUGAAUCUCUGCCACAGUCUGCGGAGGCUCACUCGCUCCUGGGUAAACUGCAGCAGCAGAUGGCUCAGCAGAGGUCCGAGUACCAGGCCAGGAUACAGAGGUUGGAGCGCUGCAACGACGUCCUGAAGCGGCAGGUGGCCGUGCUGCGGCUCAGUCUGGAGCAGCAGAGGCGCAGCCAGAGCGUCGCCGAGCUCAAGAUCCGCAACAUGGAGCGAGCCAAGGCCGACGCGGACCUCCACAACGACACGCUGCAGAGAGAGAUGGAGAUGUUCUUCCAGAUGUACGGGGAGAUCAAGCGGAAGGCCGGGGACGGAGCGAGAGGGAGCCUCUGAGGAAAGGUCAGAGGAGGAGGAGUUAGGUCAUGAGGGUUAACUGGAGGAAGCUUGAUAGAAACAUGGAUGGGUGAACAUCCAAAGUAGACCACUGAAGGAAACAAGUUGUGUGGAGACACUGAUGGAUCCUCAACGAAGACUCAGUCAGGGUGUUCCAAACAAUCCAAGAUGGUCAGAUCCUCAGAUCACUAAACAUUUCUGCACUCCCAUCAAUCACUCUCUUGGGUCUACAUUUGAAGCCUUGUCACGUUGGAGCGUCCACUGCCUCCAGUUCUGGGCUGUGAAACAAUCAAACGUUGGAGGUUUACCGUCUUAAUAUCGACGACGUCUCAAGAAUAAAAGUCAGGAAGUGUCUGAAAAAGUGUUUUUUUUUGGGAAACCAAACUCAAAAGUUCCCAAAAAAGAACUUCAGUGACGUCUUCCUGAUGAGUCGGAGACAGAACGACGUGGGAAAACCUUUGAAUUCCACAUAGAAAAAAAUGAAUGCGGAUGCUUUGUUGACAUAUUUAAAACCCUCUAAAACACACAGACGUUUCAUUUUGUUCCUGAAGUGUACGUGGAAUCUGUUUGUACGUCAAAGAUUUCUGAUUGAUUACAAUAACCUGUACGAUCGUGUCCUGUUCACGCUGCAUGACCACACUUUUCCAUUAAAGGUUCAAUAAAACAAUGGUUUCUGCACAUAACGUUAUCAGCAGAGUUUUUUUCUUCUUUUAAACUGUGAAAGCGAUGCAGAGCACCAUCUGGUGGUUGUCACCGGUAAUGCAAGGGACGGUGAACACGACCAGUGUUUUGAAA